GUCCAGGCUGUCGGUGUUCGUCGUCCCGGAUUCGGUAGUGCAGGCAGGGCCACUACCAUUCGUGUCAAUACAUGCGAAAUGAAUAUCCCAGAUAUCAUGGUAUAUCAUUACGACGCCAUGGAAAAGUCACACCGGGCGGCUUUCAACAUACAGCUGAUCGAAGCGCUUCAAAGCCAGUACGCCGACGUAUUUAUCAAGGCAGCCGUUUACGAUGGCAAGAAGAAUCUGUAUACGAGCCAUAGGCUUGAUUUUGGUGCUGAGCAUUCCCGCCAGGUA